CCAUGGCUUGCGCCACGCCCGGAUUGUCGCUCGCAAGGUCUACAUGACUGCACCCUGACCGCAUCCCGUGCAUACAGCCACACAGCAUGCGUAAUCCCUGGGUCAAACGCUUCCCACACUUUAGGUUUUCCCGCUCUAACCGGAGAACGCCGACACUGUGUCGCGGUUGGGCGGGGACUGGGAGCAGGGGAGGGGUCCGGGGUUCUGGCGCCCUUGUGCGGUAACACGUCCACGCUGGAGAACAGUAAUAGCCGUGCGACAUUUGUAUAGCAAGCAGGGGAGAUUAGGGCAAAUCGGAACUGUUUGCAUGGUCGACCAUGGUCAUUCUAAGGCGGGGCCUUGGUUCCUUCACCAGGCAUUUGCAGCUGCUCUGUUCACUUGAGUAUUUUACAUCAGAACUUAUUGAAAUACAAGCAAAUUACGAGCGUGCUUUAACGCGAGAGUUAUUUCCAACACUUGACCCUUAAGAGUGCUCUAGGCGUGCCGCUGCAAGCCCACCUUACUUCUUAGCGCCGUUGGGGGCAAAAGCCCUUCAACAUGGCGACCCGAGCAGUUCUCCAGACGUUUGAGCGGUAUCAGAAGGAGCGGGUGGCCUUCGUGACCGCGGUGGCAGAAAUGGCAAAGAACCCGCAAAACAUCGAGGCCCUGCAACAAGCAGGAGCCAUGGCACUGCUGCGGCCGCUGCUGCUGGACAAUGUACCAAGUAUACAGCAGUCCGCGGCCCUGGCGCUAGGGCGAUUGGCGAACUACAGCGACGAUCUUGCGGAAGCAGUGGUGCAGAACGAAAUCCUGCCGCAACUGGUGUACUCUCUGAGCGAGCAGAACCGGUUUUACAAGCAGGCCGCGGCUUUCUGCCUUCGUGCGGUGGCUCGGCACUCCCCAGAGCUGGCGCAGUCGGUUAUUGACAGCGGCGCGCUGGAUUCGCUAGUUACCUGCCUCGAGGAGUUUGACCCCGGCGUCAAGGAGGCCUCAGCCUGGACGCUGGGCUACAUCGCGGGCCACAACGCGGAGCUGGCGCAGCAGGUGGUGGACGCUGGGGCGGUGCCGCUGCUGGUGCUGUGUGUGCAGGAGCCGGAGCUCAGCCUGAAGCGCAUCGCCGCCUCGGCCCUGUCCGACAUCUCCAAGCACACGCCAGAGCUGGCGCAGGCGGUUGUGGACGCAGGCGCGGUGGCAUACCUUGCGCCCCUGGUCAUCAACCAGGACGCUAAGCUCAAGCGCCAGGUGUGCUGCGCGCUCAGCCAGAUUGCCAAGCACAGCGUGGACCUGGCAGAAGUGGUGGUGGGCGCGGAGAUCUUCCCCAAAAUUCUCACUUGCCUCAAGUUCCCGGACGAGUUCGUCAAGAAGCACAGCGCCACGGUGGUGCGCGAGGUCGCCAAGCACACACCCGAGCUGGCGCAGCUGGUGGUCGGCAACGGCGGCGUGGGCGCGCUGGUCGACUAUAUCAGCGACUCUGCGGGCAACAACCGGCUGCCGGGCAUCAUGGCGCUGGGCUACAUCGCCGCGUUCUCGGAGACGCUGGCACUGUCGGUCAUUGCGGAGAAGGCCCUGCCGCCGCUAGUGUCGGCGCUCAACGAGGAGCCGGAGGACCACCUCAAAAGCGCCACCGCCUGGACGCUGGGGCAGAUUGGCCGGCACACGCCCGACCACGCCAAGGCUGUCGCAGACACAGGCUGCCUGGCAACGCUGGUUUCGCUGGAGAGCGACGGCGCCUCCAGCGACGACCUCAAGACCAAGUGCCGCCGCGCGCUCAAGUCCGUCAUCGCCAAGCUCACGCACCUGCCCGCGCUGGACGCGUUGGUGCACCGGCAACUGCCGGAGAGCGUGAUGAAGAUGGUGCUGGAGCAGGUGGGCAAGGUGCUGGCCAACGACGCGGCGGGCCGCGCGCAGUUCGUGCACAGCGGCGGCCUGGCGGCGGUGCAGCAGAUGGCGGAGGCGCCCGGCAGCAAGCUGAAGGAGGCGGUGGAGAUCAUCAACAGCUGCUACCCCGAGGAGAUUGUCAAGUACUACAGCCCCAGCUACAGCCAGCAGCUACUAGAGAAGCUGGAGAGCAUGGCCGCAACCACUACGGCGUACUAAGCGGGGGGCUGCGAGAGCACUGGAGAUGCAGCUGGAGGGCUAGUGGCGGGUGUGGCGUGGGCCGGGGCGCCGCUGGUGGAGGCGCGGCCAUGGGGGCGACACAGGACGCGGUCGGAGCUGCUUGCACAUUGAGGUCUGUGCGCCGAAAUGUUUCUCGGUAGAGCUCGUGUUUCUGUGGGUUAACCGGGUAAUGGGCACGGUUAACUUGCAUGGAGGACGGUGAGAUGUGGCCGUUGCUAUGGAAGUGGCUGCAACUGCGGUGGUCGUGUAUAGCUGCGGACAUUGGUAGGGAGGGUAGGGGGACUCUGACUCUCUGACAUCUUUGGUACAUGUGGAACUGAGGGCCUGAAAUAAUGGCCUGUGACAUUCAAGUUCAGUUUGUUUGUGAUACAGCGCGUGUGUAGGGGCUGGCGCCGGGCCGACUCAAAUGGAGGCAACCAGUUGUAGCCGAACAUGCACUUGGCUUGAAAGAAGCAUUAUCUGGGGCCUUCGGCGGUUUCGGAUACAUCGUCGGCACACGGGGACUCGCCAACCCCGCCGCCCUCGCCCCUGGCGCGCUUCACCUGCCUACCACUCAGCUGCCAGCACGGUUCCCCCACCCGGCCGGCCCCGCUGCACCGUGCGUGGGCCGGUGUUCCUGGACGGUGAACCCGGUCCGCGCCCGUCCAUCCACGUUGUACGAGACGAGCCGCUUUUCCGUUGCCCAGCCAGUCCCAGCCAUGGACGCAUCGCCCCCCCCCUUGGAACGCUUCGCUGGGGGGGCUCAGCCCCAAAAAUACGUAUGUCUAACUGGUCACACCGAGGACACGACAGUGGUCGCGCCUAUGUAACUCAAAAACUCC